UCCGUCGCCCUAUUUAAUUAUAAUUUCACCAUCCUUGAUAUAUGCUUCAACCCAGAAAGGAUCAAACAAAGCAAAGAAAGCAAGGAUAAUUAAGCAUGGAAAUGGAAGACACAGUCACUUACUUGUUUCUUUCUGCUAUCAUUCUCAUCUUUGCUUUUAGACUUCACCGAUCGAGGAUAUGCCUGAAAAACCUGCCCCCUGGUCCACUUUCCCUUCCGAUCAUCGGCCACCUCCAUCUCCUAAAACCGCCCAUGCACCGGACUCUCCACAGUCUCGCUCAAAAAUACGGUCCAAUCAUUUCUCUCCGGUUUGGUCUUCGCCUUGUAAUCGUAGUCUCAUCAUCAUCAGCUGUGGAAGAAUGCUUCACCAAAAAUGAUAUCGUUUUAGCCAACCGUCCAGAAUUUCUAAUAGGCAAGCACAUAGCUUAUAAUAACACCACCAUGGCUCAAUCCUCUUACGGCAGCCACUGGCGAAACCUCCGCCGUAUUGCGACCAUUGACAUCUUCUCAACGCAUCGAUUAAACAAGUUUCUAAGCGUAAGGAAAGAUGAAAUACAAAGACUAAUUGUAAAGCUAUCUCAUGGGUCGGUUCAAAAUUUUGCUGAAGUAGAAUUGAAAUCGAUGUUUAAAGAGCUAACGUUUAAUGUAAUGGUGAGAAUGAUUGCCGGCAAGAGAUAUUAUGGAGAAGAUGUGAGCGAUGAAGAAGAGGCGAGACAAUUUAGAGAGAUGAUGUGUGAAAUAAUUUCUUAUGCAGGGGCAUCGAAUCCAAUAGAUUUUUUGCCAUUUCUGAAUUGGAUUGAUGGUGGUAGGUUUGAGAAGAAGGUGAAGAGACUUGGAAAACAAAUUGAUAAAUUCUUGCAAGAUUUGAUUGAUGAACAUAGAAGUAAGAAGGAUCAUUUAGAGAGUAUCAAUACGAUGGUUGAUCAUCUUCUUUCUUUGCAAGAAUCGGAGCCUGGGUAUUACACUGAUGAGAUUAUCAAAGGGCUUGUGCUGAACAUUCUGUUUGCAGGAACUGAUACAUCUUCAGUAACAUUAGAAUGGGCAAUGUCUAAUCUACUCAAUCAUCCAAGCAAACUAAGGCGGGCUAGAGAUGAAAUAGACAAUCAAAUUGGGCAAGAUUGCUUAAUAGAUGAGUCUGAUCUAUCAAAAUUACCAUACCUUCAAAAGAUUAUCUUGGAGACGCUUAGGCUAUACCCUGCAGCUCCGCUUUUAGUUCCUCACAUGUCAUCGGAUGAUUCCACCAUUGGAGGAUACGACGUGCCGCGUGGCACUAUACUAUUGGUAAAUGCAUGGGCUAUACACAGAGAUCCUACACAAUGGGAUGAUCCAUCAAGUUAUAAACCAGAGAGAUUUGGCAAUGGAGAAGAAGAGAACUUUAAACUCAUGCCAUUUGGAUUGGGAAGAAGAUCUUGUCCAGGAGAUGGAUUAGCCCAUCGUCUGAUGGGUUUAACUUUGGGGUUAUUGAUUCAAUGCUUUGAGUGGAAAAGGACCACUGAAGAAGAAGUUGACAUGGUAGAAGGCAGAGGACUUAUUAUGCCUAAGGCUAAGCCAUUAGAAGCCAUGUGCAGAGCACGCCCAAUCCUAAACAAGAUAGUGUGAAAUAAAAAUAAUGACUGCCAAUCCCAGC